AUGGCACCCAACCUCUGUCCCCACCCAUCACUAGCAACUUAUUGCCGUCGCCGUCGUUGUCGCUGUCGCCUCCUGCGCUCAUCCAGGCGGACUUUCUUCCUUCUGCUGGGCACACUCACCCUCCUCACACUCUGCAUUUUUAUCCUCCAUCUCCCCUCCCUCCAUCAAGUCCUAACUGCCAGCCCGGGUCUAUCAUCAUCACCCUCUUAUGAUGAAGAUGCUGCCGGCGGUUCGGGAUUCCUAACCUCCCUCGGCCGGAUGCUCUCCGGCUUGCUACCUCCCUGGAAGAGGGGUAAUGAUGAAUAUGACGAUGAUCGGGACAAUGUCCAACUCCCUCCGGGCAAAACAGACAAAGAUAAGGAUAAGAUCCCUGCUCUAAUCGCCUACGGCACACACAACCACCCGCCUUACUCAGACGACCCCAUCACCAUCAUCGCCGAUUUGCCCAGGGAACACAUCCCUGUGUAUCAUCCCCCGUCCGGAUCGCCUACCAGUCGACCCGGGAACCCUCCGGGGAAUGAUCCCCACCCUGGCGGCAGGCGACUCGUCAUCGUAAGCGACGUGCACGCGAACCUCUCCCCUCUUAAAGAGUUGCUGCACAAAAUCGGCUUCGAUACCACCAAGGGCGAUCAUCUCGUUUUAGUGGGAGAUAUGAUCGCCAAGGGACCGGACAGCAAAGGUGUACUGGACCUGGUAAUGAGCUUAAACGCGAGCGCGGUCCGAGGGAACCAUGAGGAUAAGGUAUUGGCAGCGGCGAGGGAGAUUGGACGGUUAAAGAGUUACGAGUCCCUCCACGUUCAAGGAGACGCCAUGGAGGCAGAGAGGAGGGGAGAUGUCUCGGCCCAGUACGGCAAAAAACACGCGCACCGGAUCGCCAAGGAGCUGACGAAGGCGCAGCUUCAGUGGCUGCGUUCGCUGCCGCUCAUUUUGCGGAUCGGGGCGUUGCCUGACGCGGGGGAGGACCAGGCGCCGUGGAAUGCGAGUACCUUGGUGGUGGUGCAUGCGGGCUUGGUACCCGGCGUACCACUAGAACGGCAGGACCCGUGGGCGGUGAUGAAUAUGCGGAGUUUGACGUACCCGGGGAGAAAGAAGCAUAUUAAGUUGGAUGGGAAGGACGUUGUUAUUGAAGAGGGAGGAGAUGGGGAGGUGGAUGGGGAUGUGCUCGAGGAGACGUACCCGCAUUUUCCUGCUAAGGCGGUCGCGGUGCCGGUAGCUGGGAGGGAGGGUGAGCCGUGGAGUCAUGCUUGGAACCGCCACCAAAACCACCUCUCCCCCUCUAAGUCCCACAUCCUGGCCAUCUACGGCCACGACGCCGGCUCCGGGCUACAGGUCGACCCCGAAGUGGACAUCUCACCCUACCAUCCUAAACCCAAGCACAACAAGAAGAAUCGUAAAUUCAGGCGCUCGCUCAACCAACCUCCUAGCCUUGACGGUUUCGACGAUAAAGACGAAGACUCCGCCGGCGACAGACUCCUCGAUCGUCGUGGCGUACUCAAGGAUGGCACGUCAGCCAGCAAGCACAAAAAGCAAAACAAGAAGAUCAAAGAACGCGGCCUGCGCUACGCAUUCGGCAUCGAUUCCGGGUGCGGCAAUGGGAAGAAGCUGACCGCGUUGAUCAUUGAUGUGCCCGAAGAGGGCGUGAUAAGGCAUCGAAUUGAGCAGGUUCAUUGCUCUUAA